AUGAUGACAGCACCUCUGCCAAGUACGGACGGUGUGCGAGUAGCGGUGCGCGUGCGGCCUUUCACUCAGAGAGAGAAGACUUCUGGGAGCAAAUGUGUGAUUUCCAUGCAUUCCAGGACCACCACAACCAUACAAGACCCUAAGAAUCCAGAAUAUAGGAAGACAUUUAUUUUUGACCUGGCAUAUUGGUCUCACGAUGGAUUUCAAAAGGAUCAAGAUGGUGUGUUUAUUUCAGCUGAUCCUAGCAGUCAAUUUGCAAGCCAGAAGGAUGUUUUCCAUGAUCUCGGCAGGCAGAUUCUGGACAGCGCUUGGCAAGGCUAUAAUGCCACCCUCCUAGCCUAUGGCCAAACUGGCUCUGGAAAAAGCUAUUCCAUGGUUGGGUUUGGUGCAAACAAGGGUAUUAUUCCAAAUGUGUGCGAGGAGCUCUUUGAAGCAAUUGAGAAGCGGGAGGGGAAUGAAGAAUACCAGGUUAUGUUCAGUAUGCUGGAAAUUUACAACGAGCAGAUAAGAGACUUGCUAUCUAGAACAAAGAAACCUGGGGGACUAAAAGUAAGGGAAGACCAACAGCUGGGCUUUUAUGUGGAUGGCCUGAAGUCAGUGCCCUGUGAGAACUAUGUACAGAUUGAAAGGCUGAUGGAACAAGGGACAAAAAUAAGGACCACAGCAUCGACCAACAUGAAUGCCAGCAGCAGCCGGUCUCAUAUGGUUAUCAUCAUUCAGUUCAAGCAGGUUUUCCCAGACAGCGACCUCACCAAGCACUCCAGUAUUAAUUUGGUGGAUUUAGCAGGAAGUGAAAGGCAGAAAUCUUCAGGAUCUGAAGGAGACAGACUGAAGGAAGGAUCACGGUUAAGUUUAACCAAUUUAGGAAAUGUUAUCAGUGCUCUGGCUGAUGCAGCCAUGGGGAAGAGAGUCUUGCAUGUUCCCUAUAGAGAUUCUGUUCUGACUAAACUGCUCCAGCCAGCUCUGGGCGGGAACAGCAGAAUGACUUUGAUAGCAGCCAUAAGCCCCGCUGACAUCUGCUAUGAAGAAACUUUGUCCACAUUAAGAUACGCUGAGAGGGCUAAAAAGAUCCAGAACAAAGCCGUGGUCAACACCUCGACGCUGAUGAGAGAGUCAAAGGCAGAGAACAACAAAAGCGGCCAGCCUACCCGCUGGCAGAACCAGGGCCCGGGGCCACAGACUGGUCAGCCGACCUGGGUGCACCAGCUGGAGCAGGCUCGGGAGGAGUGGCAUCAGCAGUAUCUGGCCAUCACCCAGGAGCGGCAGAUGACCGAGACCUUCCCUCACCUUCUCAACGUCAACAAGGACCCACAGCUCACGGGUGUUCUCAAGUACUUCAUUCAGGCUGGUUUGUGUGAUGCUGGUCGGGCUGCGUCAAAUGCCAUCCUUCUUCAAGGUUUAGGAAUUUCAGAUAAACAUGCUUCCUUCACCAAUCUGGAUGGGAAAGUGACGGUCAUGCCACACAGCAAAUGCAAAGUUGUCGUUAAUGGGGUGCCCAUCGUGACCAAGACGAAGCUGCAGCACCUGGACCGCAUUAUCUUGGGAUCCAACAGCUCCUACCUCUACAUUGGGUUUCCUUCAGAGAGAGGCAAUGAAGACUUGAACAGGUUUGACUAUGACUUUUUCCAGCUGGAGAGAGCGGCUGCAGAAGGAGUGAGCGUGGACAAGCUCGGGGCCGCAGGCCACGGGGAGGGGAACGCAGACCCCAGCGUGCUGGCCGUGUUCCAGGACUAUGUCAAACUGAUGCCGCUGGUGGCGGAAGCAAAUCAGAUGCGCGAAGAGCUGGAGAAGGGACUCAGAAUGGAACUGAAGGUGAAGAAUUUAGCGUCGUCAGACUCUAGGGGCUACGACCUACAGAAAGAGGUCAUGGUGAAAGUGACCCACCAAAGGACUCAUGAGGUGAGGACGCCUCUGGGGACGGGGUUUCUGAGGCACUCUCCCAGGGACAGAGUUCAGUUCACCCCUACAGCCUGUGGAGACCCAUCUCUUCAUCUGACCAGCGCCACAGUGGCCUCCUCUGAAUCUCCUGGGGUGAGGAGAGAGGGGAGACAUGUUCCAUCCCUUCACGUCACUGUAGCAAAGUCCCUCACCGCCGGGGAGGCUCGAGCAACAAAGCUUUAUCUCUCACAGCUCUUGAGGCUGGAAGCCCAAAAUCGUGGCACGGGCAGAUUUGCUAUCCAAGCAUGUGGUGAGGAGGAUGUGGUAUUUGACCCUUCAGAGUUGCUGGGCAAGGGGAUGGAUUUCUAGAUUGGCCUCAUGCAGUGCCUUGGCAUCAAGUGGCUCAAGGAAGGCGCAGAGCGGGGCAUUCAGAUGGGGUACAGAAUUUAUGAUCUUUCAAGCACUUUCUAUACCAAGCCUGUAUGGAAAAUUGUGAAUCCCCAAAUAGAAGAAACUGUCUAAUUUACAGCUUUAAAUGCAUCUCAGGAGUUUCUGAAUUAUUUACAAACAAAUGCUCUCAUUGUUGAUUUUAAGGGUCUUCAAGAAGGCUGCGCCCAACUGAGCUGCUCUCAACCGGACCCCAUGGUCACAAGUGAAGGCCACAUCAUGGUGGACACCAAGAAAAUUUCCACAGUGAUGGAUACAGGCCAGACCACCUCAAAUCAGACAUCAGAACUUUAUAUGAAGUUGCUCAAGUUAGAACAGGAGAUGGAACUGCUCAGAAACAUUAACAGAGCCUUGAGAGAGGAAAAUGUGCUGCUCAAACACUCACUUGAGAAAGCUGGUUCUGCUCAACAAGCACAGAAGCCUUCAGAUAGCGGGAAGGUCACUCAGACGCCAGCACAACUCCCCGCAGCCGGAGAGAUUCAUCACACGUCCGCUCAGCGAGCCAGCUCUGACAGAGAGUUGGCCAAAGCUCUGAAGGUCUUCUACCAAAGCCUGAAUGCGGCAAGAGGACAGUUUCUCAGACUGAGACAUUAUAAACCUCCUGAAGACGAUGGAUUGCUUCGACCGUUUGUACACCAACAGUCACGGAGGUUAAAGGACUUUGGGGAGCUGCUCGAAUCCAGCUUGUGGAGACUGAAAAGCGAUGUUGCUCGUAUAGUGAAAGAAAAGAGAGCGUGCUCGCUGCAUCCUGGAUAG